AUGUACAGUUCAGUGCGCUGUUUCAGUCGACGACGACAAAUCAAAGCCUCAAAGAUUAUUGUUGUAGCAUUUUUGUCUAUCAUCGUAUCAGCAGGUAAGCUAUAGGGUUCCUUUACCGCUACAUAUAUAUAUGCUUGCCUUUACCAAAUUUACCAUGUCAUCAAAAAAAAAUAAAAUUUUGCGCCAACCGGGAUUCGAACCCGGGUCUCCGGUUUGGGAAACCGGCAUCCUAUACCACUGGACUAUUGGCGCUGCAGAAGUACCAGUAUUCUGAGAAUAUAAGUAUUGGGAUGGUAUUGUUCCCAAGUUCAUGAGAAAGUGAUAUUGUUUACAAAUUUUUGUGGGAAAAUUCAAAUUUCGCUGGAAAAUGAAAAAAUUCAAAAUAGCUGCUAAAUAAUCAAAAAUUUAAAUCAAUAAAUUGCCACCUUUUUAGUGACAGCCAGAGAGAACGUAUUUACAGUAAUAGGACCACAAAACCUAGUAGAAUCGACCGGUGCACGACACGAAAGAAGUGAGAAUUUUUGACUUUUUUUAUUAAUUGUUAAGUCCAAUUUGCUUACUCUAAUAACAUUUUUAGAUGUCGACUCAUCAGCCAUGGCAGACGCAGAAUACGCUUCUGAACCAGAAUUGGCUCCAGUAAAUGCAAACACAAAACGACGCCAAUAUGUACCAAUAGCACCAGUAAUGGCUCCAGCAGUACCAGCUCUGCCUCCACCACCUCCCCCACCCCCAGCCGCUGGAGUAUGUCCAGGUGGACCAUCUCUCCCAAUUGAAUGUGACCCCAAGCGACCAUGGCCUCAAUGUCCACCUCAAUCUUACUGCUACGCCACCAACAGUGUCGACGUCGGACCUUAUUUCUGUUGUCCUGUCUGUAUGUUAUAACUUUUAAAUUAAAAACGUUCAUUUCUUAAUGUAUACUGUAACUUAUUCUAUACGUUUUACAACAAUAAACAUGAUUUCUUUCAGGGUCCACAUACGGAGCAGCUUGGAGACCAGCUACACCCUUCUACAACUACGUCCCCCCUCCACCACCAAACUGGCCUCCUGUCCUGAGGGCAGCCGUCGCUCAUUGGCCAGCUUCAGCUGUUGGAUUACCUCCUCUUCACAAGGCCAGACGACCGGCUAGACUAGCUGCCAAUGACACCCCGGCUCCAGAAGAGCUGAAGAAGAUGCUCGGAGCUAUGAACGACUGGGUGAAUCGAGAACAACGUGCUCAAGACGAACUAGCUGCCUCAGGGGCCGAUCCAGAGGAGAAGAUAUAA